UCUGCUUUGCUUUCUUAAUGUGUGUUUUGUUUGCUGAUGUGGCUGCAGACCUGGAAGCGCCUGAGGUCCACACAGAGCUCGGCAGCCUGAAAGGUCAGUAUGUGACUGUGAAGGGGACAGAGGCGGCGGUCCAUGCCUUCCUGGGUGUCCCAUUCGCAAAGCCACCUGUGGGUCCUUCACUGAGGCUGGCCGCACCUCAGCCUGUGGAGGGAUGGAAGGGAGUGAGAGACGCCACCAAGCAGCCAGCCAUGUGCAUUCAAAAUAAACCACUGGCCUUGGUUUUAAUUGAAAAAUUUGGCACUGUCUUGCAAGACAUCCCGGGCAUUUCAGAAGACUGUCUUUACCUCAAUAUUUACACGCCUGCAGAUAGAGCUCCAGAUGCUCAGCUCCCAGUCAUGGUCUGGAUCCACGGUGGGGGCUUCACUUUAGGUUCAGUUUCAUCAUACGACGGCUCAGCACUUGCUGCUUACCAGGAUGUGGUUGUGGUUCUAAUCCAGUAUCGCUUGGGACUUCUGGGAUUUCUCAGCACUGGAGAUGAGCAUAUGUCUGGAAACUUUGGCCUCCUGGAUCAGAUUCAAGCCUUGAAGUGGAUCCAACAGUAUAUUCACAACUUUGGAGGAAAUCCAAAUUUAGUGACCAUAUUUGGAGAAUCCGCUGGUGGAGUCAGUGUAUGCCUCCUGCUUCUCUCGCCAUUGUCCAAAGGACUGUUCCAUCGUGCUAUAUCUCAAAGUGGUCCAGUUACAACGCCAUUACUAAGAGCAAACCAUCCUCUACCUGCGACACAGGUGAUUGCAAAUGCAUCGGGUUGUAGCCUUGAAAGCACAAAGAAGAUUGGUGAAUGCAUGAGAAAUCUGGAUUCUGAUGCUAUAGUGGCUGUUGUGAAGGAUGAAAAAAUGGGGCUAUCUAUGCACGCUGAUGGACAUUUCUUGACAAAACCUGUGAACGAGCUUUUGCAAAGUCAUGAAAUUCUCACCGUGCCGUUCAUGAUUGGUGUGAAUAAUGACGAAAUGGGAUGGAUGUUACCCGACUUUUUUGACUUUCCACAAUGGAGAGAGGGAUUUAUUCGGGAGCAGAUUGUAAACAUGCUGUCCGGGUUCUUCUCAGACCCCAAAGAUGCAGUCAUGCCAGAUCUGUUGCUAGAGGAAUAUAUCGGAAUUGGCGAAGAUCCGGUGAAAAAUAGAGCAGGGCUGACUGAAGCACUUGGAGACCUGCUAUUCACUAUUCCAGCUAUCACGAAUGCGAAUGCUCACAGAGAUGCUGGUGCUACUGUUUUCUUGUAUGAGUUCCAACACCCCAUCAAGUUCCAACAAGAAAAAAGACCCAGCUUCGUUAAGAGUGACCACACAGAUGAGAUUCCUGUGGUGUUAGGAUUCUGCUUUACUACUGCUCAUGUCACAUUGACUCAUGCGUGCUCUGAAGAGGAGGAACAUCUGAGCAGAACCAUGAUGAGCUACUGGGCCAACUUUGCUCGUACAGGAUCUCCCAAUGGGGACGGACUGGCUCUCUGGCCAAAGUAUGGAGCAGAAGAACAGUAUCUGGCCAUUGGUUUAAAGGAGCAGGUGGCUGCAGAUCACCUGAAGGAGGAUCGGUUUGUCUUCAUUACUCGAAUCAUUCCGGAGAAAGUCAGUCAACUUCAGCAGAAAACUGAGCACAGUGAGCUGUAG